GUCCGUCAGCAUGGUCCGCGCUCGCUCGCGAAUCUUAUUAAAAAUUCAUUUACUAUAGGCUGCUAGACAUUAUGGUAAAACCGUAAAACACUCCGACGCGUUGGUUCAGUCUUGCAACAGCCGACGAGGCGCGAGCAGACCGUAGCCAGAAGAUCAGAUUCGAUUUAGCAAGCGCGUCCGAUCAAUUACAGUGUCGAUUGGCGAUGCAUGAUCCGGAGGAAACAAUACAUAAUUGCAAGUGAAACAAAAAAAAACAAAAAAAAGUGUGCAACAACAUAAAAACAUAGCAAAGUGAAGCAGACAACACAAAAGUGCAGCGCGAAAAUCAGGCAAAAUGGUUUCGACGCGAUUUGAAGUUUCUAACUCACCGCCCGUGCGGUACCCCAAGUCAAUAUUUUUCAUCAUCAGUAAUGAGUUCAGCGAGCGCUUCAACUACUAUGGCAUGCGAACUGUCCUCGCGCUCUACCUCACCCAGAAGCUCAACUACGAUGACGACACGGCCACCGUAAUUUACCACAUCUUCACCAGUUUGGCGUACUUUUUCCCCCUCAUGGGGGCUAUCCUCGCCGACAGUUGGCUGGGGAAGUUCAAAACCAUCCUUUAUCUAUCCAUUGUGUACUGCAUCGGGAGCACGCUGAUAGCGCUGGGUGCAAUUCCACCGCUGAACCUGCCGGCAACGUCAAUGACCGUGCUGGGGUUGCUGUUUAUAGCGGUGGGCUCUGGUGGUAUUAAGCCUUGCGUUUCGGCGUUUGGGGGCGAUCAGUUCAAGCUGCCGGAACAGGCCGUCCAGCUGGCCAAGUUCUUCUCGUUGUUUUACUUUGCCAUAAACGCGGGUUCGCUGAUUUCGACCUCGUUGACGCCGAUUCUGCGCGAAGAUGUGCACUGCUUCAACGAUCCGGACUGCUUUUCGCUGGCGUUCGGAGUUCCGGCGGUGUUGAUGAUUCUGUCGAUCUUUGUGUUUGUCUGUGGCAAGUCGAUGUACAUGAUCAAGAAGCCGGCCGGAAACAUGGUCGUGCUGGUGUUCAAAUGUAUCGGGAAUGCACUGUCGACUAGGAUGAAGGAACGCGAGGUUAACCCGCGGAGUCACUGGUUGGACUAUGCCGAAACCAAGUACGGUCGGAAGAUCGUAGCGGACAUCAAGUCGUUGAUGAAGAUCUUGGUGUUGUACAUCCCAUUGCCGGUGUUCUGGGCGCUGUUUGAUCAGCAAGGAUCUCGUUGGACGUUCCAAGCAACUCGGAUGAACGGAGAAAUUGGAGCGUUCACGAUCAAGCCCGAUCAGAUGCAGGUCAUCAAUCCGCUGUUGAUCCUCGCGUUCAUCCCGUUCUUCGAAGGUCUCGUGUAUCCUAUUUUGGAGAAGUUGGGUGUUCGAACGCCCCUUCAGAAACUUACCUUCGGUGGUAUCCUAGCUGGAGCUGCCUUCGUCCUUUCCGGAUUCGUCGAGAUCGCCCUCGACAAGACCAACGCCGUAAUGCCAGCUCCGCAUGAAUCUCAACUACGAAUCUACAACGGUCUACCGUGCGACUAUCACUUUAAGACCGACGUACCCAACUCUAGCAACUUCACCGUCCAAUCCCUCGGAGCAUUCGAGAAUAUCCACGUCAACACAAUGCAAAACACGACCUUCCGUUUCACCGCCACCACCAACGAAACGUUCUGCGUGAAGGCCAACAUGUCUACGAUCAACGGAACGUUCUACCUCCAACCGGGACACUCGAUCAGCCACUUUAUCAACCAAAAAGCCAACAAAGCAAAUCUCCAGCAGUACACCGACUCCGUGGAGAAAGACAAACGUGGCCUACCUCGGAUUCGAAUCCUCGCCAACAUCAAAUCCACUGCCAAGGUCCUGCUCAAAAACAACUGGUACAAGGACUCGCAUUACAACGUUACACUCAACAAAAUCGACCAACUAUCAGUAGCUGACGGAGAAUACGACAUCUUCAGCCACAACGGGACGCGCAAGAUCGCCUCGAUGAAGCUUGAGCUUGGGGGAGUCUACACCAUAAUUCUUCACGAAGUUUUGGAGAACGAAUUUAUGCUUCAACGACACACCGUGACUCCCUCCAACUCGCUGCACAUGCUCUGGCUGGUCCCGCAGUACGUGGUCAUCACCGCCGGCGAGGUAAUGUUCUCGAUCACCGGUCUGCAGUUUUCGUACUCGCAGGCGCCCGAAAGUAUGAAGUCGGUCAUCCAGGCGUUCUGGCUGCUCACCGUAGCGUUCGGUAACAUGCUCGUGGUGUUCAUUGCCGAGGCCAAGUUUGUGCAGUCCCAAUCGGUCGAGUUCUUCCUGUUUGCGAUCCUCAUGUUCCUCGAUAUGGCGCUGUUUAUGAUCCUGGCGACGCGCUACAAGUAUUCGGACUCCUCGAGCGAUGAUGUUGACGAUGUCGAAACGGGUGACUUUAAGAAGCCCGAACCGCUGGACCAAGUGCCGUCCAAGCUGGACCAAGGACCGCUGGAGAAGGGAUUGGAAAACGUAAAGUCUACCUACACAAACGAAGCGUACCGAGAAGACUGAGGGCUGUGAAAAAAUGAAAAUUGUAUUUUUUGUUGGUGAUUAUUGAUCGUCUUUCGCAAUUUAUUCCUUUCCGCGCUACAAAUCUCGAAUCGGAAAUAACAGGUCUCAUUCAAUGUUGCAUGUCAUAAUGAUUUCUUUAAUUUAAAGAAAAUUUAUUUGUUAAUUGAUCCUAAUUAUAAUAUAGUUUUAUCGUAA